GAUUUCCCCACAAGACAGGUGGCAAGUAACAACAAAGUUCCGUCCAGUUAAUCCAAAUGGCCAAGAAGACGUUCUCCAAAAAGUCUUUGAAAAAUCUCUUCACCAGGAGCGACUCCAACGUGGAAGAGUCGCCGGUGAAGAGCCCCGAGAAAAAAACACCGGACGGGAAAAAGAAGUUUAAACUGCCAAAAUUGAAGAUCAAGUCGAAGGGGAGUCCCUCUGCCGAGAAAAAGCAGCAGGUGUUCAGUCCUACUGAACCCAAUUACUCUCCAGUGGAUGGACACGACUGGGUUGACAACACCUUGGGCAAGAUGAGCUCUUCUAUAUAUGGCACCGCACCCAGGUCAAAGGUCCAAGAAUUAAGUUACUCUGAGACAGAUCUUCACAAACCCAACAAAUUUGCGACUUUUUCCUUUGGUCUUCUUAAAAAGAGAAAAAAGAAGAAAGAUGAGAAGCUGUCCAGUAGCACUUUUGGUCUCAAUAGCUCUGAUGUUGAGAAACAUGUCGAUUACAGUGAGAUGGUGGAUGAUGACGGCAACAGAAAAACGCUCAGCAUGUCUCAACCGGCGCUCGACACUAGCGAUAGCUUCGAUAUCCCAUCUCCUCCCUCGAUUCAUUCAAACCUUCUCAACUCGUACUUUGCUCUCUCGCAACCUCGCGCCACCGUAACAGAACCUCAGCAGCAACAUUUAACAAAUGGAUCAGACCUCCAUUUGCACCAGCGUGACUCGCCUGAUUUGCAGCAACAUGAUUCAGUUCCAUUAGAGGAAAAAGAAAACCUUCAUGAGAGUGUUCAAACACCUGCGCUGAUGCCUUCUGCUUCCUCUUCUGCCGAGACAGUCUCUCAGUCCAGCCAGCAUCCAUUUCUGGACGCUUCAGAUCAACUUGCGGAUGAUGUCGGCGGCAAUUCAUGUGUCGAGGAUCAGAAUUUUCUUCAGGAAUCCAACACUGAUGCCGAAAUCCCGAUCAGACAACCUAGCGUUGUUUCUCAUCAUGAAACAAAUGGUCAAUUUUCAACAGGAGAACCCAAUGAUGCGGAUAGAACUUUGCAAUCUGAACCAGUUCCUUCCACUGAAGUCCUAUAUUGUCCUACUGAAGAAUCCCUUCCAGAGCAUGCAGAGAAGUCAAGAAAAUCUUCAAAUCAGAAGAUUGAUGAUGUCAAUCAAGAUGUAUUAUAUGGCGCUUUGUACGAGUCUUUGUUCCCCCGUAGUUUCACCUCCGAAGUACUGUCUUCGCUGCCAACGAGUCAUAAGGAUGAAGCAAGAAAUCUGACCACAUCAGACCCUCUUAUAGUUGAAACACCCUCAUAUUUUCAAAAAGAAACCGAUGCUAGCUACUCUAGUCUAUCGGCAUCAAGCGUCCCUACUAGAAAUGUGGAUACUUUCAGUUAUCACCAGAGCUUUUCCUCUUACAAAACUCUAACUACCUCUGAGGACUCUAGCAGCUAUCUUCCUCCCUCCUCUUCUACCUUUUCUUAUUCUGAAGAUCUUCUUCCUUCCUCCUCCUCUACCUUUUCUUAUUCUGAAGAUCUUGACAAGAGUCCUUAUUCAGGCCAUGAAAACACAGGGAUCACGUUCAACAGCCACAGUGUUUAUGAAGAAACACACACUUCUAUCUCUGCCCCUCCUGUUUCUGACAACGGAACGUCCCAAAGGACGGACACUCAGGUUACAAACACCAAACGGAGGGCGAUCCUCCUGAAAGAGGUAUCUUUUGACGAGAACAGCGGUCAUUCUGGAGUUUCCAAGACGCAUGAAGUGAGCGCAAGUCUGAAGAACAAUAUGGAUGUAGCGGAUAAAGAGGUCGUAUCUCCUGGAAAACCGGAUGCUUAUACUUCACCAUGCAGCCCAGUGUAUCUGAGCGUAGGAUCGGACGACAGCAGCGCUGUUGACGUCUAUUUCAGCGCUGAGGAGGACAAUAUGGAUAGUUUGGAUGAACAAACGUACAUUAUGGAUAAGAUAGAAGAAGAAAGUUUUGUGGUCACCAACUUUGAGAAGAAUGCACCAAUGAAACCUGAGACCAACACAAAAUCUGAACAUUUUGAGCUUCCUAGCAUGCAGAUUGAGCAGACGCAAGACCGUCCACAUCCCCGAGAUGACCAUGAAGAGUUACUAAAAAGCCCUAGAGACAUCUCAACCGAUAGGACCGAGUUUCUUAAAGCUAGUUAUGGGGUAGUUGAGGAAAUCCAGUUUGUCACCAAGGAACUACCACAGAUUAAAGAAGAUUUACUGGCCUCACCGGUUCUGCAGGUGAAAGCACCGACGGUAUGCGAGUUUGCUGCACCCUCCGGUAGCAGGCAGGGGGAGGGGAUUGAUGAAACCCGGAUAAACAUCACUGAAACAGCAGAACUUCAUCAACACAAACAGCCCUUCAGUCAUGACGCAUUCUAUCCUCCCGACAGAAACGUGCAAAGUCAAUAUUCACUUCAGACCAACGUAAAACCGGAAGACGAGGACUUGAGCACACUAGAAUUUAAAGAGACAAAAAAUAUUUUAAUUAUUCCAGAUAAUAUUGAAGAAACAAGCCAGGAACAGGCGUGCAGUGAUACAGAAUCCGCCGUGACAGAGAAUUCUAGUGUAGACGGCACUCCAGUUGAACACAAUAGGCUUCUACGGAAGAGCGAGUGGGUGGAUACAAUUACUGAGAGCGCAGGAGUACAACCGGAGCAGGUGCCACUUGCGCUGACAGACCUGAAAGUAGACGCACACCAGCCCAAAACAGGAGCUACAGAGGAACUUUCGUACAAACAGGAGCAUCAGGAACACUGGUCCUCCGCAGAAACUUCUGAAUCCUUGAAUGCAAACACUCCCAAAACAAACACUGGCAAAAUGAAUUCAGGCUACAGCAGCCUGAGCACUACAAUCUCCCUACCGGACAAAACGGACGACUCUAGAUACCGAUUCCGUAAAGUAUCUCUGGUGCAUGAAAAUGACAAUGCGAGCAAACGGGAUGUGGUAGAUUUCAGCAGUAAUGGAAUGGAGCACAGCUGGAAAAACACAUUCGACAGCGUAUCGAGGUUUUCGUCUAAAGAGGAGCCCUCAAUCUUGUCAGAUAGUUCAACGUACAGGCGGUCUGACACAUCGUCCAGCUCCUAUACCUCCUCUGUUUUCCCCGAGGCCACGCCCUACAGCUACGGGAGCCAAAGUGAGCUUGGAAGUCAGCCAAAAGCCUUCCUAGCAGAUGAUACGGACGUGUCCGGUUUUAGCGGAGUCUUCAAAGCCACGCUCGUGGAGCUCGACGACCCGGCGCCCACCUCCUUCUCGCCCCCGGCCUCUCCAGACGCGGACAGCAACCAGUCCGAGAUGGACAACCUGGUGGACACACUGAAGAGCAUGGGGCCCUCGCUCAGGCCAAGGAGCAUGGGGUUGCGAGGGCCACCCCCGACGUUGGUGUCUGCCUUGCCCCCGAUUGUGGAAGACGCAAGCCCGGUCACGGCUGAUGUUUCUGGUCCAGCUAAGAAGAUGGAGACAGGUGCUACAGAGGCGCACAACGGAAUUUAUACACUGCCGGCUGAUCUAGGACUAAAGAGAAACACCGGCAGAGACACGCGAUCACCACUGGAGUUAAUGAAAAAGGAGGCACCUUUGACAAGAGACCUGCCCGUCAGAGCGUCGGCCAGCAACAGUAUUCUCAUGCGGCAAUCUUCCGAGACAUCUGACGAUCACAAAUCCCUCAACGGAACAGUGCAAUCCCCCACAAAAACCCGUCUGGACAACAGCGUCAUCUUCGGAAGUUACAGAUCUUCAUCCACAGAUCAAACACAGGAAAACAACAAAUUCCAUCGCCCCGUGUUCCGCUCCGGCUCGCUUCCGGAUUUGGGUUUUUCUCCCGGCCCUCUGAAGGAACUCGGAGAAGUCGGCGGCAGCACCACCACAGACUCAUCCUCAUCAGUGUCAUUAUCAUCAUCUCGCUUUGAACGCUUAUCUUUCCUCUUGAAUUCCUCGUCUUCUUCGUCCAGCUUGUCGGGCGACGACCACAACACUCGAAUGAGUAUCCCCCCGCUGCAAAACAUCACCUCAUCCAGUACCGGACCUACGCGUGUUCUCAGCCCCACCAGUUCUUUGGAUAAUCACCGGCUGUUCCCCAGCAUAGAGUCCACCUCCUACUCCAAGUUUGGCCAGACAGUCGGUCAGGGAAUUGGCACGAGUACGCCAAGUUCACUUAGUACCCCUUCUCUGCAGAGGAGCUUCAGCCAGGAUUCCUUUUUAGUGGGAAGCCAACACAGUUCGCUGAUCGGCAGCAACCUGCUCAGAACCCCUCAGAUCCAAAAACCGGAGCCGGAGAGGAAUGUAAAAUAUCGAGCUUUCCCUGACGCCUAUCUAACCAAAGAAAAGGAACAUGGAAAACUCAACCCUCGUCCUGGAAAGAUGUAUAUUUUCGACCGACCCGGGAUGUGCGGCCAGAGAAUCGAGCUGCGUAGUGAUGUUGUGGAUGCUACGUCAUGGGAGCUGCAGGAAACUAUCUCCAUUAGGGUGGUCAGAGGAGGGUGGGUUCUUUAUGAAAAACGGAAUUUCAAAGGAGAAAAAGUGGCCCUGGAUGAAGGCGAUAUUGAGCUCACGUGCCCGUUUAAGCAAGAGGAGGCCGAAGAGGGGCAGCAGUUGAAUGGACAGAAAGUUGAAGAAAAAAAGGGUGAAGAAAAUGAGGGAGAGACUCAAGCGAAACCAGCCAGGAGGUUUAUCAUUGGAUCGAUUCGGAGAGCUGUCAGGGACUACAGUGUCCCUGAAAUCAGUCUUUUCCCAGAGGAGAACGCAGAAGGCAAGAAGGUCAUCUUCAGGGAUACAUCAGAUGACGCUCGGAUUUUCGGCUUUCCUAUCAAGGCCAACUCCAUCAUUAUUAGUGCUGGAUUGUGGCUCGUAUAUGCAAAGCCCUUUUUUGAGGGCUCACCACGUGUUUUGGAGGUUGGCGGAUAUUCCAAUCCGGCAGCUUGGGGUGUAGAACAACCGUAUGUGGGCUCAUUGCAUCCACUCAAAGUAGGUGAACCAAGGGUGGAAAACCUAAGCGAACCAAAGAUCGAGAUUUACGAAAGAUCGUACUUCACCGGUAAAUCGAGGAUCCUCACCGGUAACAUGAGAGAUUUCAUGACGCGAGUGGACAGGCAGCAGGGCGCCUUCAUGUACUCUGUGGGCUCCCUCAAAGUGCACGGAGGAAUUUGGGUGGGCUAUGAGAAAGAGGGAUAUAGGGGCCACCAGUACCUGCUGGAAGAGGGCGAGUACCAUGACUGGAGAGUUUGGGGAGGUGCUAACUCUGAACUACGCUCUGUUCGUGUCCUACAAGCUGACCUGAGCGAACCCUUAAUGGUGAUGUUCGAGCAACCGGAGGACGAAGAGGGCAGCGUCCCCCAACAGGAGAACACCUUCGAGGUGACUGAAGCCAUUCCGGAUGUUGAGCUGUUUGACUACAAGAUUAACAGCCGUUCCAUUCAAGUAUUCAGUGGCAUAUGGGUGGCCUACUCGCACGUGGACUUCUCUGGAAACCAGUACAUCCUGGAGAAAGGCUUCUAUAGUAAUUGCGCCGAUUGGGGUUCCCGUGAUACCCGCAUUUGCUCGGUGCAGCCAGUUCGCUUGGCUCCAACUGAUGGGAACAGAAACAGGAAAGAGAUACUAUUAUAUUCUGAGCCGGAGUACAAAGGAAAGUGCCUUAUCUUCAACUACAAACAGAACGCAGCAACAGAAGAAUUCCAGACUAAGUCUUGCAGAGUUGUUGGAGGAAGCUGGGUUCUCUAUGAGAACAAAGACUUCACAGGGACCAUGUAUGUGUUAUCAGAAGGAGGCUAUAGCUCAUUGAUAAGCAUGGGCUGCUCAACAAGUACCUUUAUCCGCUCCAUCAAGGCUGUGCCGAUGAGCUUCUCGGUUCCUUCCAUCUCUUUGUUUGGACUGGAAGGUCUGGAGGGAAGGGAGAUCACAACAGAGUCAGAGUUGGUCAACAUGGUGUCCGAGGGCUUCAACGACCAUGUUCUCUCAGUCAGAGUCAACAGUGGCUGCUGGGUGCUAUUUGAGUUUGGCAACUACAGGGGACGCCAGUUCCUUUUGGAGCCAAUUGAAAUCACGAACUGGCCCAAGUUCAGCUCCAUCCAAACUGUUGGCUCCAUGUAUCCUGUUAGACAGAAGCGGCACUUUUUCCGCAUACGAAAUGCAGACAGUCAGCACCUGAUGUCCGUUCAGGGCGGGGUGGACGAGAUGAAAUCCGGACGGGUGGUGGUCUCGCCUGAAGUAGAGCAAAUGAGCGACAUCUGGUUCUAUCAAGAUGGACUCAUAAAGAAUAAGCUUUGCCCGACCAUGUGCCUCCAAGUGAUGGGCAACGUAGAACCGGCAGCCAAAUUGGUUUUGUGGACCGAGACACGGCAGCCUUCUCAGACGUGGAUGGCUCAGAUGAGAGGACGAAUUAGCAGCAUUACUUUCCCUGGAAUGGUCAUUGACGUCAAAGGUGGGCAAAACUACGAUAAGGAACACGUGGUGGUUAUGCCGGAAAGCGACGAGAGGUUAAGCCAACAGUGGGAGAUCGUACUGGUCAAAUAAUUACGUCGCCAAGCCUUCCUAUACAUCAUUACACAGAAAUCCUAGAACCGGACGCAAUCCCUCACAUACAUAACGAAUACCAUACUACCCAUAGUCUAUAUUAGUGUUAUGUAUUAUACAGAGUACGGGAAGAUUUCUUUGGGGUUAAAAGUUUUUGCAAUUGCACACUAAAGUCGCUUCAUGCUUAAAAUGGACACUUGAUAAAGCCAAAGAAAUGUACGUUAUGCAAAAUAUUUUUAAGCUAUAUUUAUAAUGUAUUGCAUGUUUUACGGUGUUCCUCUUCUCUUUGCAGUAUGAUAUACGUCAGUGUGGGAUGUAUACGUCAUUUUUUGUGAAAAAAAUCUACAUAGAGAGAGAGCAUAAUGUUCACCUUUGAUACUAAAGUCGUAAUAUAUAUUUUAAAAAAAGGGUUGUGGUUUUUAAAUGCCAAUAAAAUAUAUUGUCAAAGAAAAAGAAAAUAGUUGUGGUGUGGUCACUGGUUUGUGAAAAACUUUUUUUUUUCCUUUUCAUGGCCAUGGCUGGGAGAGCUGCCAUUGGCAAAAACGGGUCAAAAUCAGUCCUCCUAAUUUAAAUGAAUUGGACAUUUAUUAUUGUCAAUGGCAGGCAUUGAGAUAAGAAUUGACAGCCGACAGUGGUGGAUGAAUCUUUUUUUUUAUUUAUUUAUUUGAAGUAAAAAUACAGAGAUCUGAGCCAAUAUUCAAAGAACCAGAAAAUUAAUUCACAGCUCAAUUUUAUUUAAAACUGCAGAAUGGGGAAAAAGAAAUGGCACUGUAAACAGAAGCUCAAAAAACUUAGCUUAAUGGUGGAUUUCAAGCAACUAUCAGUUGCAUACCGCCGCCUACUGCACAAGUGUGCAGCACCCAUCUAAAGGUGCGUUGCUCUCAUUUGGUUUUAUUGGUCAAUAUCUUCUUCACCUGCCUAAUCUUGCUUGUACUCAUGUUGCUGCCUCUAGUGCUCAAUUACGGUAUAGUUUCACGGGGCUUAUCGAUUGCACUGGAGGCAUGAAAACGAAACUAUUCAUUCACAAUGAGGAAAAAAAAAAAUCUAACACAGGUGACAAUUUGAAAAGUAAUGGAGUAAAAAGUACAGAUAUGUGCUGUAAAAUGUGAAGUAAAAGUGAAAAAGAAGUCAUAUUUGUACUCAACUACAAAUUUACAAAAAUGUACGUCAGUACAUCCCAUCACUGGCAGCCAAUAUGUUAAUGUUGUAGUUGAUUCUACCUCAAUUUUCAUAUUUUUCUCAAGUAAAUAUUACAUUUGAUUAGAAGUUUAAACCAAAAAAAUUCCACGAUUUUUGGACUAGGUUUGGACCGGGUUACGACGUACUCGACUUACGUGAUUUCGACUUUACAACGCCGGAGUCUCGUCCACUAUUUUGUCUACAGUCGUCUUUUUUUGUUGUUGGAUAAACAGGACCUUAUUGUACAUCCCAGUAUCUUAUUUUUCACUUUAAUUAUACAAAGUGUUUUGUCUUCACUAAACAUGAAAUAUUUCAGCUUGACAGACAGCAAACAAGGCAAUUGUGGUUUAAAGCUGUAACAUACAUAUGUUCAAAACGACACACAUUUUAACAAUAAAACACUUGACACAAAACAAUUGGCAUUCAAAUAUCAAUCUAGUCUGAUCAAUCUGUAAAUGCUAUGAAUGCUAACGUAUUUACGUUACAAUUCUCAUAGCAAAUCGCUCUCGCGUAACUCCACUAACUGUAGCUCUAAACUUAAUUACAAAUGCAUACUCAAACAUAUAUUAGCUGAAACAACUUACAGCCUUAUGUGGGCCAAACCAGAGCUUUGACACCCCUAAUAUAUACAGUAUUAACACGAUUAAAAAAUUUAAUCGAGUUAAUUACAGCUUAAAGAUUAGUUAAUCGUAAUUAAUCGCAGUUCAAACCAUCUAUAAAAUAUGCCAUAUUUUUCUGUAAAUUAUGUUUGAAUGGAAAGAUAAGACACAAGAUGGAUAUAUACAUUCAACAUACGGUACAUAAGUACUGUAUUUCUUUACUAUAACAAUAAAUCAACAAGAUGGCAUUACCAUUAUUAACAUUCUGUUAAAGCGAUCCAUGGAUAGAAAGACUUGUAGUU